GCAGUCAUUUAAUACACUCCAAACACUUUCUCCCCCUUCUUUUCUACAUUCAACGUCACGGGGAAACGUUGUUGCGCAAGCGGGGACGAAAAUAAUAUAGGAAGAGGCAGCGAGCGUUUAGCGUUUGGGAUCUCACAGCACCCGACGUUUGUUCAUGUCAUACACACCUCCCUCUGCUUUUGCUUUCCGUAGUUCUCUUUCUUUGUAGGACUUUAGUUUUCUCUUCAUCAUGAGUGAGGAGGCGAAAAACCUCGGCGGCAAGCUCGACCCCGUCGACGUCAUGGCCCUGAGCGCCGCCUACGAGCCGGAGGUGCUGCUCGGCGAGGGCACCUACGGCGUCGUCUUCCGCGCCCGCAACAAAGCCACAGGAGCGAAGUAUGCCAUCAAGAAGCUCCGUCUCGACGGCUUCUCGGAGGGCGUGCCGGCGACCACAAUUCGUGAGGUGACGCUGCUGCACGACCUGAGCGACAACCCGAACGUGGUGCGCCUUUUGGAUGUGGUGUGCAGCGAGCACCGUGUGUAUCUUGUCUUUGAAUUGCUCGAUGAGGAUCUGCGCGCCUUUAUUAAGCGCUACCGCCCCGUGCACGGUGAGAAACCGACAAACGGCACGGCUGUGCCUCUCUCCUUUGUUCGCGACUUUACGCGCCACAUGCUCUACGCGCUGUGGACCUGCCACAACAACCGCAUUAUCCACCGUGACCUGAAGCCGGGCAACAUCCUUGUCGCCAACUACAAGGACAAAAAGACCGGGGAAACGAAGUUUUACGUGAAACUCGCCGACUUCGGCCUGGCCCGCACCUUCGAGAUGUCGGUGCAGACCUACACCCACGAGGUCAUGACCCUGUGGUACCGCUCGCCGGAGAUCAUCCUCGGCGAGCGCCAUUACACCCCGGCGGCGGAUGUCUGGUCCGUCGGCUGCAUUGUGGCGGAGAUGAUUCUCGGCUACUCGCUCUUUCGCGGAGAAAACUCACGGGAUCAGUUGGACAAGAUCUUCUACGUCGUCGGUACGCCGACGGAGCAGACGUGGCCGGGCGUGACGAAGCUGCCCGGAUACGAUCGAAACUUUAAGGUGUUCCACGUGGCACCGCUGCCAACGAGGCUGCGUGACUACGACGAGAAGGCGGUGGAGUUCAUCGCGUAUCUGCUUGUCACCAAUCCGAAGCUGCGGCCCACCAUUCCAGAAAUUCUAGAGCACCCUUUUCUGCGAGACGAGCCGCAAUAA